CUCACCACGAAGAGACUCGUUAUUUCUCCUUUCUGUCGUUCACCGUUCUGUCUUUACUAAAGAAAACAAAGAAUCGGUCAAGUAUUCUCAAAGAGAAACACUUAAGGAUUUUUGAGCCGUUUGUUUGUGGACAGAAAGCAAAUUUUUGUGAUUUAUUUUUGAGACCGUCGUUCAGAAAGUGAAAGUAAAGUUUAUAUCGCUGGAGCUCAAAAUGGAUUCACUAACUGUAGAAGAGCUUUCUUGUCCCGUGUGCUGUGAAAUCUUCAAGAAUCCUGUUGUUUUAUCAUGUAGUCACAGUUUCUGUAAAGAGUGUCUUCAACAAUUCUGGAUAAUCAAGAAAACUCAGGAGUGUCCCGUCUGCAGGAGAAGAUCCUCAAAAGACAAUCCUCCAGUUAGUCUCACGAUAAAAAACUUGUGUGAGUCGUUCCUGAAGCAUAGAAAUGAGAGGCGUUCAUCAGGAUCUGAGGAGAUCUGUGGUUUACACAGUGAGAAACUCAAACUCUUCUGUCUGGAGGACAAACAGCCGGUGUGUUUAGUGUGCAGAGAUUCAAAACAACAUGACAAUCAUAAAUUCAGACCCAUCAGUGAAGUGGUUUCAUCAUAUAAGGAGGAGCUCAAUACAGCACUGAAAUCAUUACAGAAGAAACUUAAACACAAUGAAAACAUUAAAGGAGAGUUUGAGAAAACAGUUCAACACAUGAAGUCUCAAGCUGAGCACACAGAGCGUGAGAUUAAACAGCAGUUUGAGAAGCUUCAUCAGUUUCUCAGAGAUGAAGAAGAAGCUACAAUCACUGCACUGAGGGAGGAAGAGGAGCAGAAGAAGCAGAUGAUGAAGGAGAAGCUGGAGGAGAUGAACAGACACAUCUCAGCUCUUUCACACACAAUCAAAGACAUGGAGGAGAUGAUGAAAGCCAGUGAUGUCCGCUUUCUGAAGGAGUUUCCAGUCUCAAUGGAAAGAGUCCAGAUCUCAUCACAGCCGGAUCCACAGACGUCUUCUGGAGCUUUGAUUCAUGUGCCACGUUACCUGGGCAACCUGCCCUUCAGAGUCUGGAAGAAGAUGCAGGACAUCGUCCAGAACAUGUCAGAAAGACGACUUGUUCUUCUGGGUAAAACUGGUGUUGGCAAAAGUGCAGCUGGAAACACAAUACUGGGACAGACAGUGUUUGAAUCUUCAGGGUCUCAAGAGACAGUAACUCGUGAAUGUUCAGCUGCUCACGGAAACGUUUCAGGCAAACCUGUGUCUGUUGUUGAUACUCCUGGAUUAUUUGACACACAACUGGAACAAGAGGAGUCAAUGACAAGGAUCAUGAAAAGUGUUGAUUUAUCCAGUCCUGGACCGCAUGCUUUUCUCAUUGUGUUUGGUGUACGAAGAUUAACGAAUGAGGACCAGCAGAUUCUUCAGAUGAUUGAGAUGAUGUUUGGUCAGGAGGUGUUAAAAUACUCUAUCAUUCUCUUCACUUGUGGAGAUUGGUUAGAUGACAAGUCCAUAGAGGAAAUCAUAAAGAAGAACCGUAGAUUAAGACAUCUAGUAGAUCAGUGUGGAGGCAGAUACCAGGUGUUCAACAAUGAAUUUGUGAAUAACAGAGAGCAGGUGAAUGAUCUGCUGCAGAAGAUUGACACGAUGAUAAAGCAGAAUGGAGGACAUUACAGUAAUAAGAUGCUUGAAGAUGCUCAGAGAAGAAGAGAGGAGACCGACAGAGGAAGAGGAGAGAAAACAACAACUAAAACAAAGUCAGGAAAGUGUCUGUAGUUGAUACUCCCGGAUUCUUUAACAUGCAGAUGAAAACUGAAGAGUUCAUGACAGAGAUAAUGAAGUGUUUAUUCAUCUAGUCUUUGGCAGCACACAUUCCUGUAGUUUGGUCAGGAGGUGUUAAAAUACUCCAUCAUUCUCUUCACUCAUGGAGAUCAGCUACAAGAAACCAUAGAGACACUUAUUGAGGAGAACAGUAGAUUAAGACGUCUUUUGUGGAGGCAGAUUUCAGAUGAAGAUUCACAGAGUCUCAGAUGAAAUGUGGAUGUUGAUGUGAUUCAGUCAAACUCAGUUCAGGUAUUUCUUUCUCUAGCUUUGACUCACUCACCUGUUUUCUGAAUCAUCGCGCUGAAAGACGCUCGGAAAGCAUCUGACAACAGAUUGAAACUGAUUAUUAAAUACUGCUAUAUUCAUCAAAGUAUUUUCACUUUAUUGAGAGAGAUUUUACAGCUUAGGCCACUGAUUACAUCAUUAAAUAUGACUUUAUAUCAGAAGCAUAAUAUUCUGUUAAAGAGAUCAAAUAAAUAAACAAAAUUUUCACUUAUGAUGUUAGUCUUUGUUUCUAACAAUCAUAUAAAUCAUAAUUUAGUGUCUAGAGCCUUUCUGAUAAAUUAAACACUCACGUCUCACCUGAGUUUA